AUGUCUGAAGAAGAUGAAGUCAUAUGUGAACAAUGUCAAACUGUUCCAACUUAAUUUGUUAUAUUGGAUUGCGAACAUAAAUUUUGUUUAUAUUGCAUAUCACAUGCUAUUCACAGAGAUGACAGUGGAGUACCUUGUCUAAAAUGCAAUGCCCCCACAGUUUUAGAUCAUGAAUCUCUAUAAGCAGUUCAAUAAACAAAAGAAUCACAGACACAAGUAUCGAAGACGUAACCAAAUUACAAUGUUAAACCUUUUACAACUGAGAAACGAUAGCAUGUUUAACCACUUUAGGAGGAUCCUACAAUAAAAGGUCAUCCUUGUUUGGAGAAAUUAAAUUUAGCAGUUGAAAGAAGUUUAGAUAAGAUCAGAAAUAUUCAAUUCGAUAAAUAAUAAGUAAAGGAUAAAUGUCAAACAUAAAAAAGUGAUAUAGACACAGAAUUCAAGGCCUUGCAUAUGUAUUUAGAUUCAAAAUAAGAGGAAUUUCAGAAUCAAUUAUCAAAUAUAGAGACUACAUACUUGAAUGAGCUUACUAAAGAUGAGGAAGUUUAGUAAUUAGACAUUGAAGAAAUGAGUAUAAUUAAGAAUGAAAUCAAAGCAAUUUUGAAAAAUUAAGAUAGUUAAGAUAUAUACACUUUCAAAUAAUUAGUAGCCACAGUCGAUGGAAUAGUACAGGAUAAAUAAUUAUCAAUAAAGCAGCUCAACUUGUUCAAAUAAAUGUAGGAUGAAAUGUAACAACUGUCAAAAAAACAGGCUUAAUUUUAUUAGGAUUUCAGAAGGUUUUUCAAUAUUUUACAACCUCUGCAAAUAUCGCUAGUUCAAAAUUAUGCUAGUCCAAUCAAAAUAGAAUAUGGGGGUUCAAUCACAAGUGACAUUUAAGACAAGAUUAGGGAACUUAAGAACAGAAAUUCGAGAUCAAUAAAUAGUUCCUAACUGAACAAUUCAAGAUCUCAGAAUUCUCCGCCUAAAAAUACAUUUCUGAAUGAAGAAAUCAACAUCUCAAGAAAAUUGAGUAGAGAGCAAGUUAAUGUUGUUUCACAAAGAAAAUUGGGGACUUCGCCUAUGGAUGCAAAAACUGUAUUAAAAAGUUCAAUGAAGCAUAAUAAUCAAUCAAAUUCAAAAUUUAACAAAAUUUUAAAUAGUCCCCUUGCCCUUGCAGGAUUUUCAUAUUUGACUUGA